AUGGCAGCGGGCCAUAAGAUCGUACCAGAGGAUAGGGUCCUCCUCAUCGGGGCGGCCGGGGUGGGCAAGAACUCUUUGAUAGAGCAGUUCUGCUACGGGCAUGUAAGCGAAGACUACGACCCGUUCCGCGGCGAGGGCUGCCGGAAGGACAUCACCCUCGACGGCGAGGACGGCGCGCUGGACCUCCUGGACGUCGAGUUCCGGGGGGACGGGAUGCAGGGGGAGCACGACUUCCAGGGCGCCGACGCCGUGAUGAUGGUGUUCAGCGUGGCGUCGGUCGAGUCGCUGCGGUGCGCCAUGGAGGCGUACGCGUGGCUGCGGUGGCAGACGAUGAGGGCCGAGGGCCAGGUGCCCGUCGUGCUGGUGGGCAAUAUGUGUGAUCUGGCGCGGUCGAGGGAGGUGUCGACCGAGACGGGGGCGCAGCUGGCGAGGGGGUUGGGGAUGGACUAUUAUGAGACGUCGGCGUGGGAUGCCACGGGUGUGGAGAGGGCGUUUCUUGGGCUGGCGAGGGCGGCGAGGCAGAGGAGGAUACAGCAACGAUUCCGACGGGAGAAGAAGGAGGCUGCCUCACGCCCUGGGUCCCAGGGGGAUGAGGAGGAGGAGCUGUACGGAGAGCCAGCUCAGCUUAUGCACAUCCCUCCGUCCCAGGGCCAUCGACUACGAGGCCACAGACUGCUGUCCUGGGGCAGGUCGAAGCUCAACCUCGGACGGCCCACGAGCCAGCUGUACAUGGUCCGUGACGGCGAGAACCGCACGCAGAAGAUCCAGGAGGGCCUGCUGGACGCGGCGCGGCGCAACGACGAGGAUAUGUUUGCGUGCUACCUGCGCGCCGCCAGCCACGACACAGACCCGGGCCCAAGACGGAGCGGCAGCAGCAGCGGGAGCGAUAGCAGCUGCAGGAGCGUGGCCGCGGUGAUGCACGUGGCGGCCGAGGCAGGCCACGGCCGGAUCCUGGAGAUGGCCAUGGAGCACGGCAACGCUGACGAGGGCUGCAUGCUGUUCGAGGUCAACACGCCAGAUGCCGAGGGCACGCCGGCGCUGCAGCUGGCGGCGAAGCAGGGCCACAGCGAGAUCGUGCGGCUGCUGCUGCGGAAGGGGGCCAUGAUCGACCAGACCAGUCCGCGGUACGGGACCGCGCUGAGCGCGGCGGCCAUGUACCGACACGAGGAGGUGGUGGGCGUGCUCCUGGAGGAAGGGGCCAGCCUGGACGUGCGGAGCACGGUGUACGGCGAUCUGGUCCAGGAGCUGGCGAGGAUGAAGGACGGGCGGAUAGCGGCGCACAUGGAGUGGCAGGCGAGGAGGGAGAGGGAGUGCGAGGAGAGGGAGCGGGAGGCGGCGAGGAGGCGGGAGGAGGUGGCCCGGCUGGUGAUGCGCGAGCUGCCGCCGCCGCCAUGGCAUAUCAAGCUCGACCUGCCCAAGGAGUCGUUCGAUGUCGACUUUGAGCGCAUCGAUCCGAUGAUUUGGUGA